CAAUGAUGACCAGCUUCUCGAUCCGUGCAUUCAUCCCGCCAUUGACGCGUCGAUGUGCGCCCCUCCAAGCUACGCGUCGAUACGCAGUCCAAGCCCCCGGAGCUCCCACGCUUGAGAUAUUCAGCAACCAGCACAAAUGGCAGCAAAAAGAAAGAGCCGCGGCGGAUACCGAGAGCAGCAGGAGCGUAGACUAUUUGAGAGAUGAGGUCGCAUCAAGAUUAUGCGAGCGAGUAUUGGAUAUCAAUCGCCAUUUCCCAAAAGUCCUCGAUCUCGGUGCGAACGCGUGCAACAUAGCCCGCAUGCUCACGCUGCCCUCCGAAGAGGCACCAGAGAAGGGCCCGAGGGCAACUCGCAUUGGAACCCUCACCUCCGCCGAAUCCUCCGAAACCUUGUUAUAUCGAGACGCUGAGCUACCCUUUAAUAAGGAGAUUGAUAUCGUGCGACAGGUUUUGCCAACCUCGGAGCUACUGCCCUAUGAGGCGAGUACGUUCGAUGCUGUGCUUAGUAGCAUGAGCUUACACUGGAUCAACGAUCUGCCAUCCGUCCUAGCGCAGGUCAACCAUAUACUUAAGCCAGACUCCCCGUUCAUUGGAGUCAUGAUGGGUGGUGAUACCUUGUUCGAACUCCGUACAGCUUUACAGCUGGCAGAGCAAGACCGCCGAGGCGGUGUCUCUACGCAUACAUCACCAUUGGCAGAUGUACGAGAUAUUGGUGGCCUGCUGCAGAAGGCUGGCUUCAACCUGCUGACCGUCGACGUUGACGAUAUUGUCGUGGACUAUCCGGACAUCUUCGCAUUGAUGAAAGAUCUCCAAGCCAUGGGCGAAUCCAAUGCUGUGCUGGCUCGUGAGAAGGGUGCCAUCCACCGAGAUGUCCUACUCGCUGCGGAAGGGAUAUACAGGGAGCUCAAUGGGAACGAAGACGGGACACUUCCGGCAACCUUCCGACUUAUUUUCAUGAUCGGUUGGAAGCAGGCUCCUACUCAGGCGAAACCUCUUGAAAGAGGCACGGCCAUGUUCAGUAUCAAGGAUUAUUUGGAGAAGAACAACGGGGGCGAAGGGAAAGAGUAGACUUGACCUUGAACCGUAUGAUAACGUGUAUCUCGAUUUAUAGUUUCAGCACGAGUGUAAUGACAAAAGUACGAUAAAGUCUCAAUAUCAAUGACGUCACACA